CAACAACAUAAGAAAAGAAAGAUACAAUGGGUCCAUUAGUCAAUUUUUUAAAUGAUUUUAAAAUUAGUGGUCUUCUCUUGAAUGUAUAUGAAAUUUAUGGUGUCAUGGAAAAUUUUCCUCAAAAAAUAAGUACAUUUGUUAGUCAAGUAAAACAAGAAGUAAAACAUAAAAUAAUAUUUGGAUUAACCAUAGACGGAUAUUCCUAUACGAACUUUAGUAAUCCUUCGGGUUUCGAUUUUACAAUAACAAAUGGAGUAUUGGAUAUGUAUUUAAUUAACUUUGUAAAUUUAAACGAUUGUGACUCAAAUGGUAAGAAAUAUGGUUUAGCUCCAAUAACAUGCUCAAUUCCUGAUAUGACGACUAUGGAACAAGUGACUUCAGCUGUAACGAGUUCAAAAAUGGAUAAGUCGAAAAUUUAUGCUUGGUUACAGAGUAUAAUAUUGAUACCAGAUGAUCAACCUCCAAUAUACGAUAAGCAUUUUACGACGUAUUCUACGUAUUGUAGCACCCGUACAAAAAAUUCAUCUCUCUUGUGUCAGAGCCCUUCAAAGCUUACACGUGAUCAAGUAAAUAUUUUUGAAUCUUAUUCAAUCUCUGCUUAUAGAACGGGAUUAAUUCAUAAAGGCAAAAAAAUCCGAUACGCACAUGUAUAA